AUGCCAGUGAGGGAUUCUAGACUUCGAAUUGGAGGGAAGGUGACGGCAAAGGCUUGUCAUGUUGUGCAUCUGAGCAAGUGUGCACAGAGAUAUGGCGUCAACAAGCACUCCAAGCGGCUUGUUGGAACAGUUCUAGACGUCACGACCACCCCUGUAUCCGUUUCAACCGGGCAUACCUCUACUUUGAUUACAACAGUUUAUGAUUUUGGAGAGAGUUUGUUCAAGGAAAAAACACUGAACAUUCGGAGUGUAAAGGCAUUUGUACUGCCAGAAGAUGAAGGAAUGUCCUUAAUUGAGGAAAUAGCCGCAGAGGCAGCAGAAGCAGACAUGGAAGCCGGAAACUUGAUGGAAGAAAGUGUCGAAGCCCCAGUAGCCGAAAUAGUUGAAACCCCGGCUGACAUAGAGCCCAAUACCUUGGUCGACACAGAGCCCGAUAGCCCAGUAGCCGAAAUUGUCGAGACCCCGGUUGAUGACAAUACCUUGGCUGACACAGAGUCCGAAAACCUGGUAGCCACAGUGCACCAAACAGAGUGGUAUGUGAAUGAAAGAAAAACCCAGCUGGAUGUGAGUGGCCAUGUCUAUAUUAGGCACUUCUAUAUCCAUACUUCAGUUGGUGACCUUAUUGGUCAAGACUCUGACAAUGAGCCGGAGAACUUCUUUGGUUCUUUGGAAUCCUCAUACUCACCACAAAGUUUGAGUUCAGUAGCCGGGCCCAACUAUGGUCCACAACUGCACCCUCCCGACAAAGAGGGUGAUGAGGAGGAUGAGUAUCUACCUCAUGGAAUAGGAAAGUCUGCUGGACAGGAAGAAAAGCAGAAGGAUUUCUACAGUGCCUUAGCCGAGGAGCUGGUUGACAACCAGUACAAUGAUGUUGGAAGUCGCAAAGUUGGGAGGGAUGAGUUGGACAAGGAUAGCCCAACAAUUUCCAGACCUGGAGAGCCGCAAUGUGGUUUCUCCGCACAUCUAACACCCACCAAAAGAAAAAGAAAGAACAAAGAUGGUACUAUUAAAAACCAAAGACAGCAGGGAAGGUGUUUGGUGUGUUCCAAGAAGACCACAUAUGUUUGCUCUGUAUGCAAUGAUGUUGAGACAAUUGAAAGCAAAGCUCUGUAUGCAAAGAUGUUGAGACAAUUGAAAGCAAAGAACCAUGGAUUUGCUACACAACGGGAGGGCAGCUAUGCUUUGCCCAACACCUGA